ACGUAUACGUAUCAUUCAUUAAAGGUGGUAGUUAUUAAUAAUUUGUUAGAUGGAAUAUUGAUAGGUUUAAAUUGAAUGCGGUUUAAUAAUUUCGUUAUUAUUUUAUAACAUUUCGUUACUUAAAUUUUAUUAAAACAAUAAAAAAAAUGAAAUAUUUUAUGGUAUUUUUUGUUUGGUUAGUGUUUAUUGUAAAUAUAAAUGCCUACUCAAAGAAGACUAGUCAAGUUGACAUUCUAAAUAGGGAUAAGUUGGACGCGCUGACAUCGAAUAUAGUUAAACGAGCCACUCUUGAAGAUAUAAUAUCUCAGAAGUUCAAAACGGACAGAAAGGAAUCAUUGCUAGAUUUACUAAAGAAAGAUGAUCUUCGAAACACCUUGCAGAAGAAGAAAGUUCCUAUUAAGCCGUUGUUUAAACCUAUUAAACAAUCAACUCCUCAAUCACAAGCAUUUCAAAAAAUCCAAACCCGCUUCCAGGAUAUGAUGGCAAAAGCAAGACUUUCUGCACCGACUCCUCAACUAAAGCUUAGAUCAGACCUAAAUAAAGAAGAAAAAAUAAAUCUUGUGGCGAAGUAUAAACAACUACAAGAGGAAAUUAAAAAACGAAUUGAAGAUGCUAGCAUAAAGGUUAAAAGUACUGAACCAACUAUUAGAUUAAGAAACAGAAUUAACAAUAAUGAUGAUAAAGUAGGAAGAAUCAGUUUGCCCAAGUCACUAAUAUCAAAGUCAGUUUCCAAACCCCGCAUAGAAUCAUCUGCACAGCCCAAGGAGACUUUAGUUACAAGCACAGAAUCAUCUAAAGCAAAUCCGACGAUAUCUACUACAACCAAGGCAACAGAUAACCAUAAAACUGAAAGAAGUAAUCCAGAUGUAAAAGAUACUAAUAGAUCCGAGAAAAAAGUUUCUACGGCAAUUGAAAAAACUAAAACAAAGCAAAAAGAGUCCGUUUCUCAAAUAAAAUCUAAGUUUGCGGAAAUCAUGUCAAAAAACUAAUAAUUUGGUCUGUAGUAAAACUAGUUUGACUUAUUAGUUUAAUAAAAUAAAAAAAACUUUACUGUUUGUUAAGAAAUUCUUUAAUACGUUGGUUUAUUAUAUUUACAUCUUUAUUAAUUUAUGAAUAUAUCUUUUAAAGUUUAAGAAAUUAUCUAGUAAACGUAAUAUAAGUUAAAUAAUUUGAAA